AUGGUGGCUGUCAAAGCUAUUCUUUUCUUUUCGAUAUUGCUCUUUAGUUUUGCUCUCUUGUCUCAUGCUGAUACAAGUAGCAUCACAGUCACGGUGAAAUCAGUGACCACCAUAGCUAAUACGGACAGCGACUUCAUUUGCGCCACUCUGGACUGGUGGCCAAAGGACAAGUGCGAUUAUGGACAGUGUCCAUGGGGGAUGACCGGCAUUCUCAAUCUGGAAAUAUUAAAAACAACACGGGUUUACGUUGCAGCUUUUGAUCCGUUGAGGAUCAGAGUCGGAGGUUCGUUGGAAGAUCAGGUGGUGUACCAAGUUGGGCAUGCAAUCAAGAAGUUCCCCAGAUUUAAGAAGCGGAAGGAUGGACUGUUUGGGUUCAGCAGAGGGUCUCUGUCCAUGAAAAGAUGGGACCAGCUCAACAAGUUCUUCAGUGAAACCAAUACCAAAGUCAUUUUCGGGUUGAACGCGCUCUUCGGCAAGAAGAAUAAGGAGCCAACCACGAUCCUUUGGGUUGGAGAUUGGAACCCACAUAACGCUCGUGAUUUUAUGAACUACACUGCUCAAAUGGGAUACAAGAUCGAUUCCUACGAAUUCGGGAAUGAGCUGUGUGGUGCAGGGGUAUCUGCUAGGGUUGAAGCAGAGCAGUACGCGAGAGAUACUAUCCAAGUGAGGAAAGCUGUGAAUGAAUUGUACCCAGAUCCCAAUUCCAGGCCCAAAGUGUUAGGGCCAGCGGGCUUCUUUGAUGAAGAAUGGUUCAAGAAGUACCUUGAGGCUGUUGGGCCCAAUGUUGUUGAUGGUGUCACCCACCAUAUCUACAAUCUCGGUGCAGGUGUUGAUCCAAACCUGAUACACAAGGUUCAGGACCCAUACUUCCUAGAUGAAGUAGCACAGACAUUCAAGGACGUUCAGGAUGUAGUGGACCGGUCCGGCACAGGGGCAGCUGCCUGGGUCGGCGAAUCCGGCGGCGCAUUCAACAGCGGCGGCAGAGAUGUCUCCCACACCUUUGCCAACGGAUUCUGGUACCUGGAUCAGCUUGGAAUGGCCUCCACUUUCAGCCACAAGGCCUACUGCAGGCAAUCCCUUGUUGGCGGAAACUAUGGCCUCCUCAACAGCAACACAUUCACCCCGAACCCUGAUUACUACGGUGCACUUCUGUGGCAUCGAUUGAUGGGGACCGGAGUAUUGGCAACUACCCACGACGGAUCUCCAUACCUGAGAUCUUACACCCAUUGUACUAAGAACCAGGUGGUAGUGAAUCAUGCACUUUCAGGAUUUGUUUCUAGUGGUGAUCAUCAGAUCCUGACAACUGGGGUUACGGUGCUUCUCAUCAACAUGGACAACUCCACAACCUUCAAUGUCUGGGUUACCAAUGAUCUGAACAUCUACAACGAAAAAUCGGAAUCGAGCUCUCUGACAGAGGACAGAGAAGAGUAUCAUUUGACACCCCAAGGAGGGAACAUUCAGAGCGAUGUGGUCCUCCUCAACGGAACUCCAUUGAAGCUCACUGACUGUGGUGACAUUCCAAACCUCCCUCCUAAGUACGUCCCAGCUUCGUCUCCGGUUACUGUGGCUCCUUCCUCUUUUGUGUUCGUCAGGAUUAAGGAUUUCAAGGCCCCUGCCUGCGAAAAUAGAUAGAACAGGACUAACCCUACUUAAUUGGGUCUUUCUUUACUCUGUGGGUUUGUUAGUUUUCUGCCUUUACAUUGAUUUCUUUCUUGUACUACUUUAGGUUCUUGGAAGAACCCUUCGGCCACGUUAGAAUUCAUUGUAAUUCAAUUCAUCAAUUGUUAGAUUCUAUUCUUUGAAGACCAACUAA